CUCUCUUACUCACCCUCCCCCCUCCCCUUCCCCAUAUCCAAUCCGAUUCGUUCUGACUUUCCUUUUCUCAUCCUAGUCUUUGCUUUACCCGACUUUCUGUCCCCUCCUGUCAUUCCUUUUUCCCGCACGCUUCCUGGGUUUAUCUCCCCUCCCUUUCCUAUCCUCUCACCCACACCCCCUUCCUCUCCAACCCUCCCGCCUCUUUAACGCUGUCUUCGUCCUCAAUUCUCGCCUGGUCCAAGUCCUUGGCUCCUCCCUGCCAAGCUGACUCGGACCUGGGUGUUAGGCUCCCUCGUCCAUGCCACGUUCAUCGGCCACGGCUAGGAAGAGUCACAGCAAUCGGCAUGAGAAUGGCCUCGUCGGUCCCGGAAAGAAAGUGAACAAGCAAAAGUCCAAUGGGAAUCUGAAUGGGAACUCCAACGGCGCCUCUACCCCGAACUCUGGUCCUUCCACUCAAGUCGACUGGCCCGCAUCUCGCUCUUCCAGCGACUCGGCAAUAACCUCGUCGGCAUCCACGGCAACCAAGGCCAACGGCACGGCGGACAGCUCCAAGGCGGAUGGCAACGGACGCGGCUCACUAAACGGGUAUGCUAAGGGCAACGUGGACAUGUCUUAUGGACAGACAAAUGGCGCCGCCCCGCAGAACGGUGCACUUGCCGGGCAGGCAGCGCGUCGGACGGAGAAGUCGGCGACCGGCUCCAAGAGGUCGGCUUCCAGCGCCUCUGUCAACCCACUCCAGCUGGCCUCGACUAUCCUCAAGUCUUGCCCCAUGUACGACACGAUCGCCAUUCUGAUAUUUCUUCUGCAGCUGCCGCCUAUGGUUCUCACUUUGGUUCAGUUCUUGUUCGCCUCCCUGACCUUCAUGCCUCCUAGCGGUGCGUCUGCUGGUUCCUUGACCUCCAACUUCGACAUCUUCCAGGGCCCUGCCGGAACGCCGUCUCUCGGUACAAUGAUAGCGAUGGAUGGGUUCUGCCUUCUGUUUUGGGGUCUUUUUAUGUGGACUUGGGCGCAGAACUUCGCCCUCGAUCUGGCUCACGUCCAGGUUGCUAUCACCCUGGGCGGAGGAGGGUCGGGUAAAAAUGGAGGGGUCAAUGCCCUUUGCGUUGGCAUCGUUCUCGUAUUACAUCUUCUCCGCAGUAAAGGUAUACAGGAUUUCGUUAUAGGUCACCUGCUCUCCGCGAAAAUCGUCACCCCCGAUUUCUUAUCGCAAUACUCGCAUCUCAUGCCACCCGAGUUUCGGCGCACAGAACCACAGAGCUCUCCAAGCUGGAUGCGCAGUCUUCUUGCGGUUCACAUCUUGGCUCAAGCAGGCACUGCUAUGGCGAGAAGGUCGAUGGCGAAAAACCGGUCCCCAGCCCCACCUCGGAAUGGCAAGCGCGUCGAUACCGAAGCGUCUGCCGGCUCGCAGACACAAAUCGAUUCCGCGUUUGAGUCGGGAGCCAGCGUCUCUUCUUAUAUCGGCGCCGAUGGCCAGAUUGUCACGCCCGCGAACAAGGAUGGCAGGGAUAGACUAGUUUCGGCAAAGAAACGCAGAAGGCAGGCAAAUCAGGUCCGGAGCCGUCAACCGUUUUGGGCCGCGCUCGCGAGCACGAAGGUGACGGUGAUGAGGGAGUAUGAGCAUUCAAGGGCGUUGAACAAAACUGGAAGAGGUCUCAUGAUGACAGAGGAAGACCUUCAGGGUGUUUCGUUGGAUGAUGGACUUGUUUGGAUAACCGAAAUCGAUAGCUCUACGAUCAAAUUCGCCGCUGGUGAUCUCGCCUCACUCGAUGACCCUACGCUUUCCGGGGCAUGCGAAGCUGGCCGUCUGGGAAGUGAAGAAACGGAACCGUUCUAUGUUUGUGUCAAUGGUGCGCUGUGGGCGACUGCAACGAUCAUCAAGGCACAGGAUGCGCCAAAAGGAUCAAAUACGGUACACUGGCGGGGCGAAGUGUCUGGACUUGCCCCAAACUGCGCCUACACUUGCUCCUUCAUGCGAAGUGAUACGGAUGAAGAGAUUUGCGUCAUGAGCGUCAAGACUCCCGCUGCAACUGACGCGGAACAAGUCUCCUCAGUCCCUACUCCUCCGCAACCGUCCUAUCGCCCGUCGUCACCGACCACCACGCUGAAGAACUCGAUCGUCAACGCCGAGGUGAAGCUGAACGAGAAGCGUUCCCGGUUAAGGAAGGCCAAAAACGACCACAAACUCGUCAUAUCCAAAAUCAGGAAGGAGCUGGAUAACUACAACCAUCGUCUGCAGAGUGGUACUGAUGAGAACCGACAAAAGCAACGCUCUUUGCAGCUAGAAAGGAACAUCAAGCAAACCGAAGAAGCCACAGCCGCGCUCGAAAACCAACUUGACAGCCUAGAGAACAUUCCGGAGGAGGAACUGGAGGAAUGGUCGACUCAGAAAGCCGAAUUUGAGAAAGAGUUGGAACAGCUUAACCUUGCCAAGGAGGAGCUGGUCGAUGCGCGGUCCGCUGCUGCUCGUGAGGUGUCUUCCCUGGAGUCUGAGCUGAGCUCUGCCGUGCAGAGAAAAGAACGCCUCCAGGGUCGCCGCACCAGGGUCAACGAGCAAUACGAGCGGAUCGUCUCUGCGAACGCGCAAGGUCUCAAUGAGCGGGAGCGUCGUGCUGCGGAACAGUUCGCCAGGGAGCAAGACCAGGCGAAACUGGAGGUUAGCUUCAACGAUCAGUUUGCAAGCAUCAGCCAGUCCGUUCAGGAGUACCAGUUGCGCACCACCCAGCUGUGGCAACAAGCGGCUGCUAUCGAGCAGGCCAUUCAGCAACAGCAGCAGCAGAUGCUCUUGGAUUCUGCCCCGCUUACUCCCGAAGGGAACCUGCCCGGCACCAACCCUCUGACCGAGGCGCCUAGCAUGUCUCUUGGAGCACUGGCCACCGCCGCGCCCAGCACCAGAUCGCUUCUGGGGCUCAGCUUCCCGUCGCUGAAGUCCAGUCCGCUGCAGCACACUUCGUCUCCUGUUGGUGCGACUUCGUCGUCUCACCCGACCAGCCCGGACCAGCCGCCUUUGUACCUGCAACACUUCCCGACCUCUCCGCUCGGUAACGCCGGCAACUACUUCGAUACGGAUUUCACCUACCGUGACCGGUCGUUCUCCAACCGGUCCGCGCGGAGCAGUGGCUAUGGCACCGAAUUCCUGGACCCUAACCGGCGCGGACCCUUCCAACUCGAUCUUUCCGACACCGUCAUCGAGAAGCAGGGGAAUUCCGGCUCCGAAGGCACCACCCCCAACCCAAUCAUGAGACCUACCACCUCCAGCCCGUUCCAGCGGGCAGGGAGCCGUGGCAGCGGAAGUGGAAGCAAUGGUAGCGGCGGAAGCGGUAGCGGAAGUGGCAGCCCCAGCUCGGCAGGUGCUAAGGGCCACUAGGCCAUGGAGAAAUAGUAGUUUUGUUUUUUUUUUAUUUUUUGAGGUAACUCAAGACAUCUAUCCAUCCAUCCGAUGUGGUCCUGGUUGCAAGUGGUCCCGGUUUCUUGUGUGUAGUAGUGAAUUAUCCAACCUUCGGACAUGACAUUGAAAGUUUGUGUGUGUGUAUGUGUGUGUGUGGCAUUUUUCUCUCCCCUGCAUCGGGUUCCCUGCAUCGGGUUCUUUGGACUACUAGACAGACAUCAUGCACAGACCAGAACAGCCCAGACCGGCAUUUUCUU